UCACCUGGUAUCUAUGAGAGGCCCCAGACCUGCCUUAUGUCACUCACCCCUGUGUACGUGAGACACCAGCAGUGGAAGUGAACUCAGCAGCAAGCAUCUGAAUCAGCCACACGCCCCAAGGCCUUGGACACUCAGGAAUUCUGAGGGUGAAAUGACAACAUCCAGAAAUUCAAUGAGUGGAACUUUCCAAGCAGAUCCUAUGAAAGGCCCUACUGCCAUGCAUCCUGUUCAAAAAAUAAUUCCCAAAAGGAUGACUUCAGUGGUGGGCCCUACACAAAACUUCUUCAUGAGGGAAUCUAAAACACUGGGGGCUGUCCAGAUUAUGAAUGGGCUCUUCCACCUUGCCCUAGGAGGUCUCUUGAUGAUUCACACAGAUGUCUAUGCACCUAUCUGUAUAACUUUGUGGUACCCUUUCUGGGGAGGCAUUAUGUAUAUCAUUUCUGGAUCACUCCUGGCUGCAGCGGACAAAAACCCCAGGCAGAGUUUGGCCAAAGGGAAAAUGAUAAUGAACUCAUUGAGCCUCUUUGCUGCUAUUUCUGGAAUAAUCUUUUUGAUAAUGGACAUAUUUAAUAUUACCAUUUCCCACUUUUUUAAAAUGGAGAAUUUGAAUCUUGCUAAAAUUUCCAUGCCAUAUAUUAACAUACACAACUGUGAACCAGCUAAUCCUGCUGACAAAAACUCUCUUUCUAUACAAUAUUGUGACAGCAUACGAUCUGUUUUCUUGGGCAUUUUUGCCGUGAUGGUGAUCUUUACCUUCUUCCAGAAACUUGUGACAGCUGGCAUUGUUGAGAAUGAAUGGAAAAACCUGUGCUCCAAACCUAAAUCUGAUGUAGUUGUCCUGUUAGCUGCUGAAGAAAAAAAAGAACAGCCAAUUGAAACAACAGAAGACAUGGUGGAGCUGACCGAAGUAUCUUCCCAACCAAAGAAUGAAGAAGAGAUUGAAAUUAUUCCUGUCCAAGAAGAAGAAGAGGAAAUGGAAAUAAACUUUCAAGAACUUCCCCAGGACCAGGAACCUUCACCAAUAGAAAAUGACAGCAUUCCUUAAAUGAUUUUUUUUUCUUUCUGUUUGCUUUUCUUAGCAUUAGAAACUAGUGUUCAUAGCUUCCAAGAGACAUAUCCACCCCUAUUUCCUGAGGCCUUCUGCAAGUAUCCUCCAUCUGUCUCUCUGGCCUUUGCAUGGAAUGACCACAGCUCACUCACACUCGCACUCUCUCUCUCUCUCUCAUGCAGAAAAUGCAGCCAUUGCAGGCGACUGUGCCGGCAUGUUUCCUGUUUGGGGCAGCUUACUUACAUUACAACAAGGCAGGCUAAGUGUUAUAUACCACAUGAUUUCUCACUAGCCUUUUCCUUGGAUAAGGCUUUGUAGUAGUGGUCAGUGUGGUAAUUCCAUCUCUGCCCCUAAUGAGAAAGAUAAAUGUGGGCUCCAGGCAAUCCUGAAACUAUUUUUAAUUCCUUCCACAUCUACCUAUUUUGUGGAGUCUCUUUUACUCUUAAGGAAAGCAAAAAAUAGUAAUAAUGAGGGGCAUUAAGGAUCUUUUCUAUCUUUCUAUGGGGCUGACACUGUGUCCACUGCUCUUAGAGCGUCCACACCCCAUCAGGGAAGCUCUAAGUGGCCCAAACCCAACCCCUUCUUUGUACAAACAGCACAGCUUAUAAAUGGACGUGUCUGUAUCUAUCUUAACUUUUCCUAACUCCUGUUCUAGGCUCCUGGUUGCACUGUCUACCUACCUGUUCUAGGCUCUUGGUUGCACUACCUUCAGCCUAUAGGUGAGAGAAGAAAGAAUCAAAGAAAAUGUCAUAACGAGUACCCAAAUCUUAAAUGAUAAUCAAUAGUAGUAUUUCUAAAGUAAUUUCUAGUUCACAAAGUAGGUUAUCAAAUAAUUACAUUUGAUAUUCCAUAAUCAAGGGAAAAAAGGCCCUAUCCAUAUUUUACAAAUAAUUCAAAAAAGCUAAUUUAUAAAAAAGCAAAAGUAAUUUGUCAGUGAUCACAGCUAGUUUUGAGAGCCUUCUUUCAUACUCAGAUCUUCUCACUCAAAUCCUACGAUGUUGGAAAUAAGCAAACUGCCUACAUAAACUACUUGAGCAAAGUCAACAGGUUUUAAUGAGCACCUGCUCUCUACCAGCACGAAAUAAGUGUUGAGAGAGACACAGAGUCAGGAAUCCAGUCUUACUCCUUGGGGAUAAAAAGACUUAGAUAUUCACAAUAUUUGGGAAACUACUUACAUCAUUUAUAUAUACUUAGCUGUUAGUAAGUAAUCUUACAUAAUGCAGACACUAAGUGCUACGGACAUUCUCAAAAAAGAAGAUCAUGCUUGAAAAUAAUAUAAUCAGUUAUGAUGCCAAAUCUUAGGCAAUAGCCAUCCCACUUCUCAAUUCCUGUUUAUAUUCAGACAUACUAGUGCCCUACAUAGAAAGAAUGUUACCAUAAUCUAUCACUUACAUUUGAGCAUUUUCUAUAUGUUAAGCGCUGCCAGAUUCUGGCAGAUACAAAGACAAAGUAAUUUCCACUCCUUGUGAUAUUUUUACUUUUUUUAGGGACCACCAAUAGAAGGUAUUUACUGUGAUUAGAAAAAAAAAAAAGGAGAUGAGACAUUUCUCUGUCUAUGGAAAGUCCUCAAAAUUAGCUUUAAAUAAAUGAAACUAUAUUAGUGUUCUUGUCUGAAA